AUGGACGCGGAUGUCUACGCGUACGAGCAAGAGAUCAACGAUAUGGAUGAGUGGGAGACCAUACACGCGCACGAGAUGGAAGCUGCAGAGGAAGAAAUGCGCGCUAGGGAGUCGUUUGAGCACCAUCAAUUGAAAAAGAGCCAGCAGCAGCAACAAUUAGAUCAAGUCAUAGGAGCUCAAGUUUCUUCAAGCAAUAAUUAUGCAGACACUAUGGACAAUAGCCUUGAAAAAGCGACAAAAAGACUUGACCAAGUACUGUCAAGAUGUGCGAUGCUGUUGGGAGAAGACGUGGAUGAAGAUGUGGCGAUGGAGGAAGGAAAUUCUAGACUCAAGCACGUUGGACGCAAUGAGAAACGGACAACUGCGUUCAAUGUGGAUACAACGAUCACAGCCAACUAUUUGUACAAUCGACCACCUGUUGAUGUGGAAUCACUUUCCGUGGUGCUGAGCGACGGUAAGCGUUUGUUUCUUCGCAAAAAGCGACCAAGCUCCGCGAUUGUCACCUCCAGUUCCGUACGCAGUGAGGCGGCGUCUCUUGUUCCCAUUAAAGAAAUGAUGGAAGCAGUCCAACGGAUGGAGAUUGAGGAAGCAGCCAUGAAGGAAGACGAGGAUCUGCUGCAAGAGUGUGAAACAACUUGCACAUCGGCUGCUAACAUGACAAAUGCGGUGCUGUGGUUGGACAAAUAUAGACCUCAAAGUUUUUUGGAUCUGCUGAGUGACGAGAAAACGAACCGUGAAGUUCUCACUUGGAUUAAGUUAUGGGAUCGAUACGUAUUCCCGAGAAAAAGGCGUGCUAACGUCGCACCCCCGACUCUUUCUGCUAAGACAAACACUUUCGGUGGCGCAAGCACACCUUUACGGAGUCAUACCUUUGUAAAUAUUCAAGCUAACGGCAGUGUUGAUGCCCAAGACGAGGAAGAUGAGAGACCGUUUAGCAAGAUAAUCUUAAUCUGUGGCCCACCUGGAGCGGGAAAAACGACAUUGGCCAACAUUGUCGCGCGUCACGCUGGUUACAACCCUAUCGAAGUUAAUGCUAGCGACGACAGGACGGCGUCUGUUUUGCGCAACAAAAUCAUUAGCGCGAUGGAGAUGCAAUCGAUUUGGGGUGAGCGCAAACCCAACUGUAUCAUCCUCGAUGAAAUCGAUGGCGCUAUGAAUGGCAGGGAUGGCAAAUCGGCUAUUGAUGUCAUCCAAGAAAUUGUUCACGCUCCUUUGCAAAAGAAGAAAGUAGGAACGAAGACUGCAGGCAAGAACUACCAUCCAUUGACUCGCCCUCUCAUCUGUGUCUGCAAUGAUCUAUACGCGUCUGUGCUGCGCCCACUGCGUCAGGUGGCUAAAAUUUUCAUGCUGGAUGCGCCACACUCGCAACGCCUUAUCACACGUCUGAAGUAUGUGUGUCGUCGUGAAGGGGUCAAGGCUUCCACAAGUGCGUUGGCGAGUCUUUGCGCCAGCGGUGACAACGAUAUUCGCUAUUGCUUGAAUAUGCUACAAUUCCAAAGUACGCAAUCGCAUGGACCUCAAAGAAGCACAUCGGCUGGUAUGACACUGAGUACCGGCCUUAUUGCCCAAAAAGAUCAUGCUCAUGGUAUGUUUGAGGCGUUAAAUCUUGUGUUCUAUGAAACCCGUUCAAGGUCCACUAAAGGAGAGGUUAUUGUUGCUGAGAAGAUCACUGAAGCUGUGGCAUCGCUGGGAAAUUUUACUUUAUUGCUCAAUGGGCUGGAUGAAAACGUCCCGAAAAUGAUCUUUAACGACCCCACCAUGAACAAAAUUUGCGAUGUAUUCGAGUGGCUAGGACUUGCGGAUGAGUAUGAUAAUCGUGCUCGCUCAGAGCAGCAGUACGCCUUUCAGGCAUAUAUUCCAUUUGCUGCCAUCGCAACGCACGCAUCUUGCUGCACAAGCUCUAGGCGUCGUGUGGAGUACCCCCGAGCUCAGUUUGAAGCCCAGAAACGAAGCGAUCGCUCUAACAAUAUACUUGUGUCAUUGGCAGAGGGUGCGCAGUUGCAGCCAAUCCUGCGAUUGAGCACUAGCGUUUUCGUCGUUGAUGUUGUGCCCUGGAUAGUUGCGAGCCUAUCGCCUAACAUCCGACGCACCAAUCCGUCACUGCAAACGAAAGAUGAAAAGAUUAUGAUUCAGCGACUCAUCCAGCUCAUGGCGUCGCUGGGACUGUCAUUCCGGCACAAGUAUUUAUCCGACGGUAGCGAAGACUAUGCACUUGAACCGCCGUUGAAUGAACUCGUGGAAUUUCAAGGCAGUGACGCUAGUGCAACGUACCAAUCCAUUCUUCCACUGCUUGUACGAAAAAUGAUUGCUCGCGAGGUGGAGCUAGAGCAGAUGCGUCGAAAUGAAAACGCUGCCUCAUCAACGAAGCAAAUUGGUUUCGGUAAGGCAAAUGCCAAAUCAAGCGAUGGUGCUAUUGAGGAAAAGGCUGUGAAGGCCGUCACUUACGCUCUUCCGGAACUCAGCGAGGUGGAACUAGCAAAGAAGGAUGAGGUCUUACGCAAGCGUAACCCUUUUGCAUUCGCACACCGCGAGGCUAAACGCAAGCGCGACGAGGAAUUGAACACGAAUUUGAAGGAGAAGCGCACUGACAAUGCCCAGUUACACUCGAUGGUGCGGUACAAGUUCAAUGAAGGCUAUACAUGCGGCAUCAAGACAGCCGUGUACGUUCGUGAUUUAUUAUAA